AUGGCGUAUGCAUUCAACCAUCCGCGACUGGUUCCUCCUGGGUCUACCAGGAACCGGCCCUGUGUAGCUCAGCAAGCGGCAAUCCUCGUCGUAGACGUUCAGGAGUACUGCAGUCGUCCAGAGCAGGGCAUCUUUCAUGCCACGAAGCGCUCGGAAAUGCCAUAUUUUUUCGACCGUGUUGAGAGGGUGAUGGUGCCAAACAUAUCAAAGCUCCUCCAUGCGGCACGCAGGUCAGGCGUGGAGGUGCUGUAUACAGUCAUUGAGUCACUAACUGCAGACGGGAGAGACAACUCUCUGGACUACAAGCUGAGUGGGCCGCUUCAUGUCCCCAAAGGCCAUCCGCACGCGGCCGUGCUGCCGGAGUUGAAACCUCGGGUAGAUGACAUCAUCUUGCCCAAAACCUCGUGCUCGGUUUUCUGCUCGACGAACAUAGCAUACGUCCUGCGGAAUCUGGGCGUGCGGUACUUGAUCGUUUGCGGGCAGCUGACGAACCAAUGUGUGGAGUCUGCUGUCCGUGAUGCUGCAGAUCUAGGCUUCCUGGUCACCGUCCCUGAGGAUGCUUGCGCCGCGAGAUCGGAAGGCGAUCACGGGGCCGGCCUCCACAACAUGAAGGGCUUCGCCCGAAUCAUUACCAGCGAGGUUCUUCAGGCUGAGCUCUCAGAACAGGCUAUUGCAUCUCCAAGCAAACCACUCACCAAUGGCAACAAGGUCAUUUGCUACUUGAAUGUUGCUUACGAUGAGCAUUAUGGUCGAGUUGUGCCAGCGAUGUUGCGUGAAAUGCUUGAAGACAUUGGUGCGGAGCCCUUCGAGCUUCACAACUGCAACGUUGCAGCAAAUGAGUUCCCGACCAGCCUAGAUUCCUACAGCGGUUUUUGGAUCAUGGGCAGUAUCUCCUCAGCUGCCUGUGGAGCGAAGAACGAACCCUGGCUGGAGUCCCUCACAGCUUUCGUGCGGAAGGUGUGUGAAGACGAGCGACCGUUGGCCGGAAUUUGCUUCGGGCAUCAAGCCAUCAUCCGAGCACUGGGUGGGACGGUCGUUGUGAAUCCGGCGGGCACCCAAGGCGGCUUACAAACAUAUCCUUUGACCGAUGCCGCUCGAGCCAGUCUUGACUUGCCGAGCGACCAGUCCACAAUCCAGAUGUUCUCUCAUCACUCAGACACUGCCGUUGUGUUGCCACGCUACGGGAAAAGCUGGGGCUAUUCCACUGGUGGACACUGGGGUAUGACAUAUGGGCGGCACUGCCUCACUACUCAGUCCCACCCGGAGUUCUCAACCAAGACUGGCCAGAUUUCAUUGCGGAAUAUUCUUGAGAAUGAUCGGAAGAAGUGCCAGAGUCAGUCCGCAUCUUCACUCGAGAUGUCGGCAGAGGAAAUUGAUCGGCAGGUCAGUCUGCUCGGCAGCCAGACGGGGUACAGGGACUUGGCUGCUGCUUUUGCGCGCCUGUUCCAGUUGCUACCGAGCCGCAAGCGGCCCCAUCCGUGA